CCGCCCCGCCUCCGCCUCCUACGAGAGCGGCCUCAGCUUGCGGCGCCACCAGCUGACAGGGCCGCAGUAGUGAGGGCUGGUGUGGCUGUCAGGAUGGCGGAGGAACAGGUGUUCACCCAGCUGUGCAAGUUGCCUACACAACCAUCCAACCCGCACUGUGCCAACAAUACCUACCGAAGCACACAGCACUCCCAGGCCCUGCUCAGGGGACUUCUGGCUCUCCGGGACAGUGGGAUCCUAUUUGAUGUUGUCCUGGUGGUAGAGGGGAGACACAUCGAGGCCCAUCGCAUCCUGUUGGCUGCAUCCUGCGAUUACUUCAGAGGGAUGUUUGCUGGGGGAUUGAAGGAGAUGGAGCAGGAAGAGGUCCUGAUCCAUGGUGUGUCCUACAAUGCCAUGUGCCAAAUUCUGCACUUCAUAUACACCUCUGAGCUAGAGCUCAACCUGAGCAACGUGCAGGAAACUCUGGUUGCUGCCUGCCAGCUUCAGAUUCCAGAAAUUAUCCAUUUUUGCUGUGAUUUUCUCAUGUCCUGGGUAGAUGAGGAAAACAUCCUCGAUGUCUACCGGCUAGCAGAGCUCUUUGACUUGAGCCGCCUGACAGAUCAGCUGGACACCUAUAUCCUCAAAAACUUUGUGGCCUUCUCACGGACUGACAAAUACCGCCAGCUUCCCCUGGAGAAGGUCUAUUCCCUCCUCAGCAGCAAUCGCCUGGAGGUAUCCUGUGAGACCGAGGUAUAUGAAGGGGCCCUGCUCUACCAUUACACCCUGGAGCAGGUGCAGGCUGACCAGAUCUCCCUGCAUGAGCCCCCCAAGCUCCUUGAGACUGUACGGUUUCCACUGAUGGAAUUUGAGGUCCUGCAGCGGCUGUAUGACAAGCUGGGCCCCAGCCCACUGAGGAACACAGUGGCCAGUGCCCUCAUGUACCACCGGAAUGAGAGCCUGCAGCCUAGCCUGCAGGGCCCACAGACAGAGCUACGCUCAGACUUCCAAUGCGUUGUGGGCUUCGGGGGCAUUCAUUCCACACCAUCUACGGUCCUCAGUGACCAAGCCAAGUAUCUGAACCCCAUGGUGGGAGAGUGGAAGCACUUCACAGCCUCCUUGGCUCCCCGCAUGUCCAACCAGGGCAUAGCAGUACUCAACAAUUUUGUGUAUUUGAUUGGAGGGGACAACAAUGUCCAAGGAUUCCGAGCUGAGUCCCGAUGUUGGAGGUAUGACCCAAGGCAUAACCGCUGGUUCCAGAUUCAGUCAUUGCAGCAGGAACACGCAGACCUGUGUGUGUGUGUUGUGGGCCGGUAUAUCUAUGCUGUGGCUGGCCGAGACUACCACAACGACCUGAAUGCAGUAGAGCGCUACGAUCCCGCCACCAACUCCUGGGCCUAUGUGGCUCCACUCAAGAGAGAGGUGUAUGCCCAUGCAGGCACCACGCUUCAAGGAAAAAUGUAUAUUACCUGUGGCCGCAGAGGGGAGGACUACUUGAAAGAAACACACUGCUAUGACCCAAGCAACAACAUCUGGCACACCCUGGCUGACGGGCCUGUGCGGCGUGCCUGGCAUGGCAUGGCCACUCUCUUUGACAAGCUGUAUGUGAUUGGGGGCAGCAACAAUGAUGCCGGCUACAGGAGGGACGUGCACCAGGUGGCCUGUUAUAGCUGCACAUCUGGGCAGUGGUCAUCCGUCUGCCCACUUCCGGCUGGGCACGGCGAGCCUGGCAUUGCCGUGCUGGACAACAGGAUCUACGUGCUGGGUGGCCGCUCUCACAACCGUGGCAGCCGAACGGGCUACGUGCACAUCUAUGACAUGGAGAAGGACUGCUGGGAGGAGGGGCCCCAGCUGGACAACUCCAUUUCAGGCCUGGCAGCCUGCGUGCUCACUCUGCCCCGCUCCCUGCUCCGCGAGCCACCUCGCGGGACCCCUGACCGCAGCCAGGGUGAUGCAGACUUCGCCUCUGAAGUGAUGAGUGUGUCAGACUGGGAGGAGUUUGACAACUCCAGCGAGGACUAGGGUUCUGGUGCCUGGCAUUGGGGAGGGGUGGCAGGGGUUUUGUGGGUAGCCAGGCCAAUGAGGCCUGGGCCAAAGCAUCUGAAUCUGGGAUAGUGGGUGGUCCUUCCUCAGGCCCUUGGGGCUUAUCAUUCCUGGCACCCUUUCUUCACUCCAGCCCUUGACUACCUUGCAUAUGAGGACUGUUGCUGACUCUGGCUGUGAAUUGUGUUAUAAUGGGAAAUGUUCCUGAAAGGUUUUGGUCCUUUGAGGGAGUGACCAGACCUGUCGUCCUCACAGCCUGAGAGGACUUGUGUCACCAGCUGUCUUGGCCUUCUCCCUCCCUGGAUCUGGUCCCUACUAGGCUGAGAAGGUCUCUUCUCCAAAAGAUCCUGGGAGCUGGCAGCCCAGGUGACAGGGGUCAAAGCCCUUCUUUCUGUGAACAGAUUGGCUGGUGAGCAGCUACAGCUGCCAGCACACCAGCAGCCAGGGCCUUCAGGGACUGGGCACUCCCAGGGGUGGAAGGAGCAAAGGUGCAUAAAGUUACUUGGGACUGGUUCUAGUGGUGGAGAUCCCUACCGCUGGGUUUUUCUGAUCCCGUGUUGUUGAUAAAUUAAA